CUAAAUCUCCGGCGCCUGGGCCGCCUCUGCCGCCUGGCUGCUCUCGGCUCGCUUCAGUGUGAUUGGAUGAGCGGGAGCGUGUGGAUGGGCGAAGCGCUGAGCUCUCCCUCCCGGGCUGCCUGUCCUGCUCUCUGUCCCGGCGCCUUCCCUCUUCUGCUUCUCUCCCGCUCGCUUUCCUUUCCCCCUCCUUUCCCCGAGUCUGGUCAUUUCCCCGAGUUUGCCUCGGGUGCUUUCCCCUUUCCCCCUCUCGCUCCCUUUCUCCUCGGUGUGAUCUAGUCGCUCCCCCCACCCCGCCACCCCCUUCUGCCAACUGGGAAUGCUAAAACAGAACUGAUGGACAUUUCCGAACUUUGCAUCUCAGACCCUCUCAGCUACCACAACCAUGUGAAAGGGAAUGGAUUGAGAAUAGAGAGAGGCGGCGUAUCUUGUCCGAUUCUGCAUUGCCGGCUGUUAGGCAGAAUGUCCACAGAUGAGCGGCACCUCACCUCCAGUUGUGGAUCCUUCAUCAAGACUGAGCCGUCCAGCCCAUCUUCCGGCAUCGACGCCAUCAGCCACCACAGCCCAAGUGGUUCAUCCGACGCCAGCGGUGGCUACGGCAUCACUAUAGGCGGCCACCCCAAUGGCCUGGAUUCACCACCCAUGUUCAGCAGUGCGGGGAUUGGCGGAGGGCCCUGCCGCAAACGGUACGACGACUGCGCCAGCGCCAUCAUGGAAGACUCGCCCACCAAGUGCGAGUAUAUGCUGAACGCCAUCCCCAAGAGGCUGUGCCUAGUGUGCGGGGACAUUGCAUCCGGGUACCAUUAUGGAGUGGCGUCCUGUGAAGCAUGCAAAGCCUUCUUCAAGAGGACAAUUCAAGGGAACAUUGAAUACAGCUGCCCGGCGACCAAUGAGUGUGAAAUCACAAAACGGAGGCGCAAAUCCUGCCAGGCGUGUCGCUUCAUGAAAUGCCUCAAAGUGGGGAUGCUGAAAGAAGGGGUCCGUCUGGAUCGAGUUCGCGGAGGCCGUCAAAAGUACAAAAGGAGAUUGGAUUCCGAGAGCAGCACUUAUUUGAGCUUACAGAUUCCUCCUCCAGCCAAAAAGCCAUUGACCAAGAUCGUCUCCCACUUGUUGGUGGCAGAGCCGGAAAAGAUUUAUGCUAUGCCUGACCCUACCAUGCCGGAGAGCGACAUCAAAGCUCUGACCACGCUCUGUGAUUUGGCAGACAGAGAGCUGGUUGUGAUCAUUGGCUGGGCAAAGCACAUCCCAGGCUUUUCUAAUCUUUCCCUGGGGGACCAGAUGAGCCUAUUGCAGAGCGCAUGGAUGGAGAUACUCAUCCUGGGUAUCGUCUACCGCUCGUUACCCUAUGAGGAUAAAUUGGUCUAUGCUGAAGAUUACAUCAUGGAUGAGGAACAUUCUCGCUUGACGGGCCUGCUGGAGCUCUACCUGGCCAUCCUGCAGCUUGUGCGCAGGUAUAAGAAGCUGAAGGUGGAGAAGGAAGAGUUUGUGACACUCAAGGCCUUGGCUCUUGCCAAUUCAGAUUCAAUGCACAUAGAGGACAUGGAUGCAGUGCAGAAACUCCAAGACCUUCUCCACGAAGCUCUCCAGGAUUACGAGCUGAGCCAGCGUCAUGAGGAACCACGGCGUGCGGGGAAGCUGCUGCUCACCCUUCCCCUCCUGCGGCAAACAGCUGCCAAGGCCGUGCAGCACUUCUAUAGCAUCAAACUGCAGGGCAAGGUCCCCAUGCACAAACUCUUCCUAGAAAUGCUGGAAGCCAAGGUCUGACAGGGCCCAGGAAGCAAACUGGAAGCCAAGGUUGCGGCCAUGGAGCUAACCAAACAGAGGUGGCAGCUGGCUUUUAUCUCCAAUCAUUUAUUAUGGAAGAAUUAUUUAACAUCCAUCUGGCAGUCACGCCAGUCUGUACAUCCAUCUGAAGAUUAUUGUGUACAGAGAAGGGAACUCUUUUAAUCAACAUCACUCUUCCCCCCCUCCUUUCUUUCUUUCUGGAAAAUUAAAGAACAAGCUCUUGCACUUGCAAAGGGAGCCAAAGGGAGUCUGGAGCCCCUAAGAGUGAUGCUGUUUGCACUAUCCAGGGCAGCCCAUUCCCAUCUUCUUUGACCUAAGAGAAGGGGUGUGGGGACUGAAGCAGAAAAUGGUGAAAAAUAAGAGUUUGUAACAUUCAUAGCAUAGUGGCGUGAGAGGAGAUUAAAAAAUAUAUCUGGGUGUCAGUGGGUCCGCAGCUUGACCCCUUUCCUCAAUGCUGUGGUCCAUGUGAUGGUGGUCUGUUUGGGGAGGAGCAUCAUGGGAUCUCUUAAGUCGAGAAUGGCUGCCUCCUGUGCUCAAGCUACACAGAAAACAUGUACAUAGAGGCCCUCCUUAUUGGGAAGGUCAGGCCUGACCGUGUAAGAUAUCCUGUGAUAUUGUACAGCAUAUUUGCACCUGGCUUUCCCCUAUCCAUGCGCAAUCAUAACAUUCCUGGUGGUGGUUACUAGAGAAGCUGGAGACAUGUCCUUGAGAGAGAAGAUCUCGUUGUGUGAUAAUAUGAAGAGGGAAGUAGCUGGAUACUUUUUGUUGUUGUUCCAAGGCUGUAGUCACUCAGUCAUCCCUUCAUCCUCCUAGACGUGGUGCUAUUUAAAAAGAAAAAGAAAACCCUCUACCUCCAUUCCUCCUUUCUCCACAUGGCCCAAGGUCACUGGAAUCACAGGGAGUGGGCCAAAAUAAAAGUUAUACCAAACCAGGGCAUUUCCCAGUCUUUCCUCACCAAUAGAUUUCAAGCUCCAAAUCCAAAUAUUGGAUAUAUUCCCUGAGAGGUAGGGGAGAAGAAGAAUUAGAAGAACUCACCUGCUGGGCUUGCGCCAUGUUAAGAGAACUAAAACAACCCAGGGGAGAUACUUAAUUUUUGCCUCCACAUUCCUUUCCCACUGUGGCAACUCUCUCAUUGAGACCAGUUGCUUGAAUCCAGCUUGAAUGUAGCUGAAGGAAGGCAAGGGUAGCAAGGCUUAUAUUGAGCCAAAACCUGUUUUGAAUGGCAGGCUCGAAGUGAUAAGUAAGAGAGUGCCUUUGCUUCUCCCUCCCCACUGAGGGAUUGGGGAGGUAAGGUUUCUAGGUUAUAUUUAUAAAAAUAAUGGCUUCCAAGUUAGCGUGGCCCCUGCCAACCCUCUUUUCAGAGAUUAAUUACUUUUCUUCUCAUCAGUCCCACAGAGCCACAAGUCCAGAUGGCUUUGACUGGUUUGUGGCUUUUCAGGAGGGUGAUGUGUGUCUGUUUUCAUGGUUAUUUUGGGAUCCAGCAGUGAGUUCAAGAGUUAAACUCACUGUUGCAGAAGCAGCAUUGAAGCCAAGAUGACCAUACAAGUGAAUUUUACUUCCAAAGGGAGUGGUCAAAACAACAUGUGAAAAUAGGUCUAACCAAAGCAAUAAAAGAUAUGGAUGGCAAAUAUAUAUAUAUAUCAUUUGCCAAGUGAGGGCUGGGCAGUGUCCUGUCUGCUUCCUGAGGUAAAUCAGAACAGAGGCCUCAACUUCUUUACUUUGGACUAAUUCACUUUGCUGCUUCAUCCAGAUGCUAAUCCAAAGGUCCUCUUUUUUGAAGAGGGAAAAAGGGGGUAGGGAGGGAGCCAGCAGAUUGCUAAACUGGUCUUCCAUGACUAUGAAGGAUGCGACAGAAAUAAACACAGUAAUCAUGAAGCUCCCUUCGGAUGCCUGUGGUUGGCAACUGAUUUGGGGGCUGGACCAUACUUACAAUCUCCUGACAGUUUUGUUUUUGGAUGACAAACAGCUCUGGUUUUCUGCUCAAAAUGGCUCCCUACUUCUUUUCCACUCACGGGGGAAAGUAUUUUGAUGGAUGCACCUUUUUCAGAGUAGCCUUCCUCUCGCCCCAGCUUUCUUAUCCUACUAACAGUCAUUGUCAUUCUUCUCCAAAAUAGCCAUCACAUGUAAGGGACAACCGUAGCUCACUGGCAGAGCGCCUGCUUGGCAUGCAGAAGGUCCUGAGUUCCUUUAUUGGCAUCUCUGUUGAAAAGGAUCAGAUCACAGGUGAUGGGGAAGGCCCCCAGCUUAGACCCUCGAGACCCACUGCACGUCAAAGUAGAUAAUAUUGGGCUAUGGGCAAAUAGACCUGAAUUUGCACAAGACUUCCUAUUUUCCUGUGUGUCUCCUUUGCAAAGCAUGGUUGUAGGAUUUCUCUGCUAAAGGCCAGAAAAAGAGUUCCUGGCACUACAGGCCUCAAUCAUGGGUCCUUAUUGGGAGGAGCAUUUUCAUGCUUGUUUAAAGCAGCCUUCCUUCAUUGCCACUUUGGGGCAGUAAACAAGUGAAGAUUCAGUAAAUGCAAUAAAUGCGGGAACAAAUGCUCCUUGUUCCCAUGUUUGUAAAACUACCAGUUUGUUCAUUUGCAAAUAGCCUAAGGUCAUCUUAUGUUGCUGGAGCAUAAAAUCACUGCCUUGCUGGGUUACACCCAGGGUCCAUUUAGUGCAGUCUUUUGUCUCCAAUUGUGGCCAUUCUGGUAAGCUCUCAAGUAGGGCAUUGCCCACACCUCUGCAUAAUCAAGGAUAUAUUGUACCAGUGUUUAUUUUUUUCUGAAGUCAGAGGCAAUGUGGAGCCUGCUUGUCCAUGACUCACUGCGCCCUUUUUGGUUCAAUCAGAGAUAUAGCUGCAUCACUCUCAACCAACAUUCCCCAAUCUGAUGCCAUCCAGAUGAUUUUGGGGUUUCCAACUCCCAUCAGCCCCAGCUAGAAUGGCCAGUUUUCAGGGAGGAUGGGAACUGUAAUCCAAAACAUCUGAAUGGCACCAGGUUGGAGAAGACUGGUAAAAACUAAGUGAAUAGGUACAGGAUUUCUGGUUGCACAAUGGGACUUCUCCACUCUCUUCUGACCACCGAUCCCCUAAAUCUCUUCCAGGGGUUCUCCCAACCCUCCAAAGCAGAUUUGGGGAGGUUGCAUGGUGCAAAGAGGGGGGAAAAGUCCCACUGUGCAAGUGGAAAUCCACGUGGAGGUGGAUUAUGUGGAUACUGUCCAUAAUCGUAGAGGGGGCUGAGACAACAUAUUCCAAAUUAAUUUAAUAGAACAUACAUCUGAGGAAGACAGUAGCAAUCAACCAGAGCAGCAACUUGGUAAUGCUUUAGAUCUUAUAGGGAGAGUGGAUACCACAGACCAGCUUCAGAUUUAGCAAUAUGGGGACAGCUCUGGUUCCAUGCCUUUGGAACUAGCAGAAAGCAUGCACUAAGCAAUUAUCCGGUCCUGCACAUAGGAGUCAAAUAUUUUGUAAGGUACGAACUACUGGUACAAGAAUGAUUCUGACAACUGCAAGCCUUCAGACAAUAGUAGCUUCCAUGGAGUAGGUAAUGAAGUCCCCAAGUGCUAACCCCGGGAUUAGUUUAGGGCAAGGCAUGCAGGUAAGUGCCUUCACUAGAAUAGAAGCAUGACAUCUGUCAACCUCCCCCUUUCCAGGAAGCUGUGUCCACCCUACUUCUGUGCCUACCUGUAACCUGCCAUGUACUCUCUCCUUCCCAAAACUUUAUAUAGGUCACUGUCUUCUGCUCUGAAAUACAACCCUCCCUAUGAGCCAUGGAGGCAACAAAUGCUGCUUGCAUUCACAUUCCUUUCUGGGGUCUCUGGCCUUUAGUGCAACCAGCAAGCAAACACCCAAGUUGGCGGGAAUCGCUUCUGAUCAAUGGUGCGAUACCCACCACCCCUUGCACCAGAGGAAAAGGCGGGCAUUAUUUUGAAAAUAUGAAGAAACUGCAAAACCACAACCCAACAGUAUUGUUCAUGCCAAAUAAGGGGGCGUUAUUUUCUUCUCUCUUCAUAACCAGACUGACUCAUGUGUUCAGAAAUGUCGAACACAUAUUUUGAAACCAUGCUAAAGCAGCUGUCAAAAAAGGGAGGAAAGAAACCCUAAGAAUGUAUGUGGCUGAGGUUUUUUGGCCAGUCAUGUGGUCCAAAGCCAGUCCUGCUCUGGUGACUUGAUGGUUAAGAGAAGCCAAAAACAAGCAAAGGGGAAAAGAUGGGAAAGCCUGUGCAAGACUAUGCAGGGUGUCAUAGUCCAAGAGUGAAAUAAAACAGUAACUACUCAACUAUUAUCUGCUCCUGAAAGAAAGAAAAAACUGUCAAAUAACUACAGUAAUUAAAUAAAUCGUAUUCUUGUGGUACAGGUCAUUUCAAACAAACUGAGAAAUAAAACAAA